AUGAGUCAAAAGGAAGGUUCCUGUGAGAUUCAAAUCUCUGCUUCUGGUGCUCGUAUUAUGAAGGUUAAGCAAGAAGCCGGUAAGAAGAUGAAGAAGGAUGCCAAGAAGAAGAAGGCCAAAGACUCAAUCGGAGCGAGAGUCAAGAGGAUGAAGAAGAAAGAUGGCAAGAGCGCCUCCUCUAGACCUCACUUUCCCUCGCUGUUGAAGAGUCAGGAUGUCGUUAAUCUCGUCGUCCAAGCUCACGGCAAGAAGGAUCUAGCCAGAGCUUGUACGGAUGAUGAAACCCCCGAAUCUGUCCCGGAGGGUUUGUUCUGUGUCAACGAGAAAUACAUCUCCAAGUGUCACCUUAGGUUCCCUCUCCCAACCCUCUUGCUAGAUCUCCUAGAUCACUAUCAACUGGCCCUUUCCCAACUUUGCCCCUCGGUUAUCCGAGUGGUAAACGGGUUCAUCACCAAGGCUAAGGAAGAAGGAGUUAUCGUAGGGUUGACCGAGCUGAUGAGUCUGUUCUUGAUAAAGGAGAGCUCUACCAAGGAUGGCGGAAGCGAGACCUAUUAUCUCCCCCGUCGUCCAGGGCUAGGCAUUUUCAAGUUUACGGCCAAGAUUAAGGACCCUGUCAAGUUAUCCGGUAAACUCACCAGAGCUCUCUAUAGGAAGCUGCAGCACAGCCCUAAUACCUUGGUAGCUUACACUACCACGAGAGUUGGAUCAGCUAGGUUCCAUGAUCGAUACAAGGCUUCCUUUCCUGAUUCAGUUACGGUUGCUGGUUUAGAAGUUUCUGAAGGUGAAUCGAUAUUCUCAGUCUCAUCAGGAGCCAGUACCUCAGAAAGAACUCAAUCACACAAGAUGCCUAUUCAGCCCUCGUUUCGUUCCAGGGGCUCUGCUCCUGUUAAAGAUGCCAGUCGCUCCGAGCCCAGGGUACAGGAAGUUGUCCCUCACUCCGAGGUCCCGGAGGUGGAAGCUGAUCCACAGGUGAUGAAGGAUACUCACGAGUUUGAGCCUCCGAGGAGUAAGAGGUCCAGGACCGACCAGGUUGAUAGACCUUCCAGGGCUUCUUCCUCUUCUUCUAGAGGAGGAACCGUUGGCUGGAACUUCGCUCACUCGAAGCCUGGAUCAGUCUUGGAUGACUCGUGGGGUUUGGCUACGCUGAUGAGGCAUAUGAAGAGAACCGGGUGUGCCUUCCCCUCGAUCGCAAAUCUCACGAACAAAGAGGAGUAUGUUGAGAUUCCCAUUACAUGGUUGGCUGGAGCUAUCAACAUGGCUCAAUUCAAGUUUGAGGAAACUGUGCACUAUGCCCCCAAUGCUGGUGAGCUAGCUCAGGUUACUGAGUUAGUUAGAGCUACCAAGAUGGAGCUUGAUCAGGCUCGGGUUCAGGUCUCUGAAUUUCAAGCUGAGGUCAAGAGACUUGGCUCCAAGGCCGACAUUCAGCAAGGGAAGAUCGAGAGUCAAGCGAUGGAUAUCCAGGUGAAGGGUAGGAAGAUCGCUGAGUUGGAGUCUGCUCGGAAGGUAGCUGAGUACCAGGUCAAGGAGCUGAUUACUUCGUCUCAAGACAACCAGAAGAACAAGGGAGUUGAGGUCAAGCUAGCUGUUAGGAGAGGAAAGAGGGAGGUAGCUGACGCUUACAACAAGGUCUUGGUUUCUGUCAAGGAGAAGUUCUCCAAGAAGAAGGAUGAAGUCGAUCUUCUGGUUUAUGCACAAGAGCUUCAGGCUAAUACCGAGUUCCUGAAGGACAUGCUGGACAACGAGAUCAAGAGUGCUGAAGAUGAGUACAAUCGCUUGGUGGCUAUGAUGCCGGAGGCAGUUGCUGCGUACGAAAAGGCUCAAGUCUCGGACUUCUCGAUCACCCCAGUUAAAGCCGCCCCGGGAGAUGACGACAAGGAAAUGGAGGAAGAAGUUCCUGACAAGGAAGAUGAUCCAGUCGACAAGGGAGCUGAGAAGAGCUCAGAUCUUUAG